AUGGGGGUGCCCGGAAAUGGAGAGUGCCCGGGGCGGGCGCGGUACCCGGGACGAGGAAGUGCCAGCGCCGGCGACUCCGGCCGCGUCCCUCCGCUCCGCCCCGCGGCGGGGCGGGGCCUGCGCCACGCGGGCCAAUCAGCGCCGGGCCCGCCGCGGGGAGCGGCCUUAAAGCCGGGCGCGGAGGCGGGGGCGGCGCGCGGGAUGUGGGUGCGCGCGGCUCUGGUCGGCGUGGCGCUCUGCGCAUGCGCGCGCGCUUGGCUCGGCGGUGCGGUGUGCGCGCGGGAGGCGGCGGGCGCGGGCGGCGCGCGGUACGUGGCGUUCCUGAGCGCCGGUGCCGGCACCGCACCCGCCUUGGUCGAGAGCGUCUGGGCUGCCCCCGGCCGCCUCCGUGCCUGCUGGGCCCGCCGCGAUCCGCGCCUCGUCCGCGCCUUCCGCGCCGCCUGCGCGCGGCGCCCGCCCGCCGCGCCCGGGGCCGCGCUGCGCCGGGUCCUGGCCGCGCUGUGGCGGCGCCGCGCCGCCUGCGCCGAGCCCGUGCCGCCGCGAUCGCGACGCCGCCGCCGGGGCUGGACGCUGCCAGGAACGCUGUGGUGCGGCGCGGGGGACUCGGCGGGGAACUGGAGCGAGCUGGGGCUGUUUCCCGGCCCCGACCGGUGCUGUCGGGAGCACGACCAGUGCUGGGCGCAGAUCACGGCGCUGCAGUUCAACUACGGCAUCCGCAACUAUCGCCUGCACACCGUGUCUCACUGCGAUUGCGACGCCAGGUUCCGGCGGUGCCUGCUAGCCAUCAACGACACCGUCUCCAACAUAAUCGGCAUCACGUUCUUCAACCUGUUGGAGGUGCCGUGCUUUGUGCUGGAAGAGAGCGAGGAGUGCGUCCAGUGGCACUGGUGGGGCGGGUGUGAGCGUUACGGUGUAGUGCCUCUGGCCAGGAUGGUGCAGCAGAAUCAGUACCACCCCAGCCUAGCGGUGGAGGAGAGGGGCAGUCCCACUGCGCAGCUCCCGGGCAAGGGAAAGAAUUUCUCUAGAACAGGGCGUAAGCGGCUUCGACAGAAAGUGAGGGCAAAGCCUGGGCGCCACCAGGCACGCAGACGUAAGAUAGCCCAGCAGCUGCAGGACCUGGGUACCCCUGUGUCGGCCAGGGACAAGGCUGAGCUCACAACCAGACACCUAGCAGAGCAGUGGGGGCUAGAGCCUGGCCCCGCAACAGCAUUGACAGUGCCAAAACAGGAUCUGGUUGGAGCAGAGCAAGGAGCUGGAAUCUCAGCACGCCCUUGCUACGGCAGCAUUGGAGCCAGCCCAGCUACGGCGAAGUGUGGAGCCACCCCCGUGCCAGCUGUGAAGGGACACAGGCAACAGGGCCCAGGCAGGGGUUGCAGGUGCAGCAAGCACCUGCGUAAGUGUGAGCACCAAAUUGCACCCCACGAGGCAAGGUACCAGCUGCACAAUGUGAACAGCCGGACUCUCCUCCACUGCAACUGCACACACAGGCUGACAAAGUGCCUCCGCAGGGAGAGGGACUGCAGUGACAUGGACGUGGCUGUCCUGGCUGACCACAUUGCCAUGGACUGCUUUGUUCUGGAGAUGCCUGCUGCCUGCAGCCCAGGCAGGGGGUCACAGCAUAGGCUGCAGGGCAGGGGCAGUGGAUGUUGGUGCUGCAGGGUUGCAGUGAUGCGCACAGCUUUGCUUCUCCAGCAGCUGUACCACGGUGACCAGGGCUGUGCUUGUACCUGCACAGCAGCUCAAAAAGAUUCUAAGACGCUGGGGCCCUCUGCGUGUCAGCUCCAAGGCCAAGCGUCCACACUGGAAGACACAGGUCAGGGGAGGCACCCUCUGUGAGCAGUGCUAGCAUCUGGUCAUAGAGCAGACGCCAGGUGCUUGGCCCCCCACAGUGCUUCGAUGGCACCCAAGCAGCGCUGCCUUGGGAAGGAAGAUGUGCUGUGCAGCAGUUACAGCCUGGAGCUGCUUGGGGUCUGGUCCUCGGGUCAAAGGGUGGCACUGAGCAUAGCUGUUGGCAUGACAGCAUGGAGCUGGGGACCACAGCCAGAGCAGGCAGAGGGACUGAAGCCUCUCAAGGAGCUGUGGCUGCUACGCAUGAGUAUCAAAAGCAAAGGGAAAGAAAGAGGAGGGCUCAGGAAAGGGGAAACUCAUUGUCCUUCCCGGUGUGCUCUGGGGCAGGGGCGAUGGCAGGGCACCCCACUCCUAGAUUGGUGACCCCUCAACUGGGGGGCCUGAGCAGUGAGGCAUGAUCCUGACUCUCCUGCCCAGGCAAGGUAGGAGGGCUGGAGUCAGUACCUGCAUGCAGCAGAAGAAAUAAAGGGUGGCCAGAGCAUGGUGUAUGGUGCAAGUUUUGAGCCUGCUGUCCCU